AUGACCAAAGAUAUUGUUGCAGAAGCUGUCCCCCAGACGGUCACGGAUAUGGCUACUACUGCUGUGGAACAGGAUAAAGAGACAACUCCUGUAGUACCGGAGGCGGCUCCGGAGAAAGUGGAGGCUCCCGUCGAGGAGAAGCCUGCAGUUGAAGCCGCUCCUGUUGAAGAGGUUGCCCCUGUUGAGGCAGCACCUCCAGCUGAGGAGAAGACGGCUCCUGUAGAGGAGGAGAAAACCCCCGCCAAAGAGGAGGCACCAGCACCAAGACCAGAGGCUCCUGUACCAGAAGCACCAAAGGAAGUAGCGCCGGAGGUCACACCGGCUGAGCCCACUCCAGCUAAAGAUGCAGCUCCGGUGAAAGACGCUGCUCCAGUCAAGGAGGAUACCCCAGUCACAGAAGCAGCACCUGCAGAGGACGCCAAAGCACCAACCGAAGAUGGGGCCAAGGAAGUGGCACCUAUCGACAAAGAGGCAACUCCAGCACCAGACGCUAAGGAUGGAGCCGCAAAGGAAGCACCUGCACCUGCUGUUGAGGCAACAGUCGUACAAACUACUGGCGGAUCAGUCGCAGCAGGUGUGGCAGCUGCAGCGACGGAACUGCAGGCGAAGACAGCAGAAGACGCAAAAGAAAUCUAUAACAACAUCGCAAAGGAAGUUGCAUCUACAAUUACUGACAAGGAUGACGAGACCUUGAUGGAGAAAAUCGCCGAUGCUGUGCAACUUGUUACGAAGGAGGUCAUAGAAGGCGUCCAGGAUGUCGGAGAGGCGAUUAAAGAACACCCAGAGAUGAUUGCUGAGGGAGCUAUCGCUAUUGCUGUCGGAGCCGCCACGAUGGUCGCACCAGGAAUUCUCGUUCCUGCACUCGCGAUGGUUGGCAAGAUGGCCUCAGAUCACGCCAUGAGCACCGCUAAGGGUAUCGCUAUCAAGGCAAGCAGCGAUGUGAUGAAGGAUAUCUCGGAGCAGCUGAAGAAGGAUGUUGCUGCCAACAAGGAACAUGCUGAAGCAAAGGUGGAAGAUGUCGUCGUUGCAACACCCCAAGGCGAUGUCAAGGUCGACGUCACUGUUGACGCCAGCAAGGGCAAGGAUGGUGAAGACAUCAUCCUAGUCCAAGCAACAGGGACUGAAAUUGUGAAGGAGGCACCUGAGGAAGAUGCUAAGGAGGUCACCGACAAAGCCGUAACCGAGGAGACCCCCGUUGCUGCUGCCGCCGCCGAUGACAAGUCCGUCACUGUGACGGAAGUGCCCAAGGAGUUUCUGGCUGAGGCACACGCCACAAGAGAGAAGGCCGCUGAAGCUGAAGCUAAAACAUCUGAGGCUGCACCUGCUACUACCGAAAAUGCGGAGACUACGCGCGAGGUAGAGCCAGAGGCUGCACAAGCCGAGCCAGAGGCACCAGCGAGCGAAGCUACCGUCGAAACCGUGGAGCCUGCAGCUGCUGCGGGUAAGAAGGUCAAGAAUAAGAAAUCAAAGGCGAAGGCCGCAAAAGCAAAGGCAGGCGCUUCAGAGUCAGCAGCAGCGCUGGCUAUCCCAGCAAUUGCCGCCGCAGGUGCCGUCGCUGUAGGCUCCAAGGACAAGGAGGAGGAGGCUAAGUCGGAGGAAGCAUCAAAGGCUGAAGCUGAAGCGACCAAAGACGUCAAGGAUGCCGAGACAAACGGUGCCGCUGCCGCAGCUGUCCCAGAUGUCGAGGCCAAGGAGACUGAGACUGAUGCCGUGGCGGCUUGUCCGGAGGUUGCUGAGAUGGCAGUUGUCGACGCCGAGGAGAGGAAUGAUACCCCAGCUGUUGCCGAGGAGCCUGUGACCGAGACCAGCGAGGUUGAGGCUGAGCCGGAGGUUACUGAGAAGGCAGUUGUCGACGCCGAGGAGAAGAAUGAUACCCCAGUUAUUGCCGAGGAGCCUGUGACCGAGACCAAGGAGGUUGAGGCUGAGCUGGAGGUUACUGAGAAGGCAGUUGUCGACGCCGAGGAGAAGAAUGAUACCCCAGUUAUUGCCGAGGAGCCUGUGACCGAGACCAAGGAGGUUGAGGCUGAGCCGGAGGUUACUGAGAAGGCAGUUGUUGACGCCGAGGAGAAGAAUGAUACCCCAGUUAUUGCCGAGGAGCCUGUGACCGAGACCAAGGAGGUUGAGGCUGAGCCGGAGGUUAUUGAGAAGGCAGUUGUCGACGCCGAAGAGAAGAAUGAUACCCCAGUUAUUGCCGAGGAAGCUGCUACCGAGACCAAGGAGGCUGAGGCUGAGCCUGUGGCUGUUGUUGAGGAGAAGAAGGAGGACGCUCCCGCUGCCGUUGCCGAGCCAGAGGUUGAAGCAAAGGAAGUUGUCGCUGAGCCUGUCGGCGCUGUUAAGGAAACAAAGGAAUCCGCUCCAGUUGCUGUUUCCCAGCCAGAGGCCGUGGUCAAGGAGGUUGAGCCAGUAGUUGCUGUCGAGAAGGCCAAGGAGGAGGCCCCUGCUGCUGUUGCAGAGGCUGAGACCAAGUCUGAGCCAUCGGCUGUUGCCGAGGAGAAGAAAGACGAUACCCAAGAAGCCGUUGCUGAGCCUACACCAGAAGCCACCGUAGUAGAGGCAGAGCCAGCCGUCGCUGGCACCGAGGAGGACAAGUCCGCCCCUGUCGCUGCUGCUGAACCCGAAGCCGAGGCUGAGCCAGUAGUUGCAACUGAGGAGGUCAAGGAAGAGGCUCCUGUUGCCGCUGCUGAGCCAGAAGUUGAGGAGAAGGCUGUGGAGGCUGAGCCAGCUGCUGCUGCUACGGGUAACAAGGGCAAGAACAAGAAGUCUAAGGCAAAGGGGAAGGCGGAUGUAUCGAAGGGUGAAGUCAUUGCCGCUGGAGCCGCUGCACUAGGUGUUUCUGCGAUUGCCGCUGGAGUCGUGGCAGCCACUUCUUCGAAGGAGAAGGCAGAUGAUGUUACUCCUGCCGUUGUCGAGGAGAAGGAGGUCGCACCUGCCACUGUCGAGGAGGCGGAGGCUGCACCUGCUGCUGUUGUUGAGGAGAAGGAAUCCGCGCCUGCCGUUGUUGAGGAGAAGGAAGCCGCUCCUGCCGCUGUCGAGAAGAAGGAGGCUGCACCUGCCGUUGCGGAGGCAGCAGGGGAGAAGGAAGCCGCCCCCGCCGCUGUCGAGAAGAUGGAGGCUGCACCUGCCGUUGCCGAGGCAGCAGAGGAGAAGGAAGCCGCCCCCGCCCCUGUUGAGGAGAAGGUCGCACCUGCUGCUGUCGAAGAGAAGGCGACCGCGCCUGCUCUUGUUGAGGAGAAGGAUGCUGCACCCGCCGUUGUCGAAGCGACGGAGGAGAAGGUGGUCGCACCUGCUGCUGUUGAGGAGAAGGAGGCCGCGCCUUCACCUGUCGAGGUGGAGGAGAAGGAGGUCGCACCUGCCGCUGUCGAGGCCUCCGAAACCCCAGACGUGGUAGCGCCAGUAGAGGUUGCCGAGACUGAGGCCCCUGUUGAAGCCGAGGCUGCCCCUGCAAAGGAGGUUGCCGACAAGGAAGUUGCUGCCACCGAGGCACCUGCUGCCGCUGAAGCCACCGAGGUUACUGAAUCUGCCGAGACGACCCAGAAGGUUGCCGAAGAGGUAGUGACCGAGAAAUCUCCAGUUACCGAAGAGGUCGCUGCAUCCGAAGACGCCAAGGUCGCUGCAGAGGUUCCUGCAGCUGUUGAGACAAAGGAGGUCCCUGAAGAGGGCCAGCCAGUCGAUGUUGUGGCAGAUACCGAAGAGGUUCAUACUCCUGCGGAAGUGAAGGAGGUCGUUGAGGAAUCUAAGCCAGCCGAGGCUGCCGUUGCUACCGAAGAAGUCUCCGCUCCCACCGAGGAGGUGAAGGAGGCCAUUAAGGAAGAGCAGCCAGUUGAAGCUGUAGCACCAGUUGAGGCUGCUGUAGAGGAGGAAGCUGUUGUCGCCAAGGAGCCAGAGGUUGCUGAGGAAGUCGUCGAGGCCAAGGAGGCUGCCCCUGUUGAGGAGACUAAGAUCGAGGAGCCAGUAGCAGUCGAGGAAGUCGCCGAGGCCAAGGAGGCUGCCUCUGUUAAGGACGCUAAGGUCGAGGAGCCAGCAGCAGUUGAGGAAGUCGCCGAGACCAAGGUGGAGGAGCCUGCUGCAGUUAAGGAAACUAACGCUGAGGAACCUGCUGCGGUCGAGGAGACCAAGGUAGAGGAACCUGCCACAGUUGAGGAGCCAGCUGUUGUCGAAGAAUCCACCAAAGCCAACGAAGAACCAGCCGCAGUUGAUGAGACCAAGGUUGAGGAGGCCGCCCCAGUUGAGGAGGCCAAGGUUGAGGAGGUCGCCCCGGUUGAGGAGGCCAAGGUUGAGGAGGUCGCCCCGGUUGAGGAGACCAAGGUUGAGGAGACCAAGAUUGAGGAGAAGACCAAGGUUGAGGAGGCCGCCGCAGUUGAGGAGACCAAGGUUGAGGAGGCCGCCCCAGUUGAGGAGGCCAAGGUUGAGGAGGUCGCCCCGGUUGAGGAGACCAAGGUUGAGGAGGCCGCCCCAGUUGAGGAGGCCAAGGUUGAGGAGGUCGCCCCGGUUGAGGAGACCCAGAUUGAGGAGACCAAGGCCGAGGAGGUCGCCCCGGUUGAGGAUACCAAGGUUGAGGAGGCCGCCCCAGUUGAGGAAACCAAGGUUGAGGAGGCCGCCCCAGUUGAGGAGGCCAAGGUUGAGGAGGCCGCCCCAGUUGAGGAGACCAAGGUUGAGGAGGCCGCCCCAGUUGAGGAGGCCAAGGUUGAGGAGGUCGCCCCGGUUGAGGAGACCAAGAUUGAGGAGACCAAGGCCGAGGAGGUCGCCGCAGUUGAGGAGACCAAGGUUGAGGAGGCCGCCCCAGUUGAGGAGACCAAGAUUGAGGAGACCAAGGCCGAGGAGGUCGCCCCGAUUGAGGAGACCAAGAUUGAGGAGCCUGCCACAGUUGAGGAGCCAGCUGUUGUCGAAGAAUCCACCAAAGCCAACGAAGAACCAGCCGCAGUUGAUGAGACCAAGGUUGAGGAGGCCGCCCCAGUUGAGGAGGCCAAGGUUGAGGAGGUCGCCCCGGUUGAGGAGGCCAAGGUUGAGGAGGUCGCCCCGGUUGAGGAGACCAAGGUUGAGGAGACCAAGAUUGAGGAGAAGACCAAGGUUGAGGAGGCCGCCGCAGUUGAGGAGACCAAGGUUGAGGAGGCCGCCCCAGUUGAGGAGACCAAGGUUGAGGAGGCCGCCCCAGUUGAGGAGGCCAAGGUUGAGGAGGUCGCCCCGGUUGAGGAGACCAAGAUUGAGGAGACCAAGGCCGAGGAGGUCGCCGCAGUUGAGGAGACCAAGGUUGAGGAGGCCUCCCCAGUUGAGGAGAUUGAGGAGACCAAGGCCGAGGAGGUCGCCCCGAUUGAGGAGACCAAGAUUGAGGAGACCAAGGCCGAGGAGGUCGCCCCGGUUGAGGAUACCAAGGUUGAGGAGGUUGCCGCAGUUGAGGAGCCUGCCAAGGUAGAGGAGCCUGCUGCUGUUGCAGAGACUGCCGUUAAGGCACCCGCUGUAGUGGAGGAGACCAAGGUCGAAGAGCUGGUUGCAACCGCGGAGCCAGUCGCUACUGAGGAGCCAGCUGUCGCUGGGAAGUCCGCAGUUGAGGAGACCAAGGUUGAGGAGGUCGCCACAGUCGAGGAACCUGCCGGUGUUGCAGAGACUGCAGUUGAGUCGCCUGCCGCCGCAGUAGAGGAGGAUAAGGUUGAGGUACCCGUUGUUGCCGCAGAGCCCGCCGCUACUGAGGAGCCAGCUGUUGCUAAGACGACCGCAGUUGAGGAGCCAAAGGUCAAGGAGGCGGCUGCCGUUAGCGAGGUUGCUGAGGCUAAGGAAGUAGCUCCCGCUAAGGAGGCUACCAAAGUGGAGGAGACUAAGGUUGAGGAACCAGUGGUUGCCAAGCCUGCUGUAGUGGAAGAGCCCAACAAGGUGGAGGAGGCUGCCGCAGUGGAGGAGCCCACUAAGGUGGAGGAGCCUGCUGUAGUUGAAGAGCCUACUAAGGUAGAGGAGCCUGUUGCAGUUCAGGAGCCUGUCGUUGAGGAACCAGCCGCAGUGGAACAGGCCAAAGUGGAGGCCCCAGUUGUUGCUGAGGAAGCAACCAAGGCUGAGGAACCUGCCGCUGCCGAAGAGCCAAAGGUCCAAGAAGAACUUAAGGUUGCAGAACAGCCCAAGGUUGAAGAGGCCGCUCCGGUUGCGCCAGCAGUUGUAGCUGAGGCCGCACCUGUCGAGGCUCCCGCGGCUGUUAACGAAGCUAUCUCCAAGCCUGCCACCAAAUCCGUCUCCGCUGCCGAACCAGUCACAGCUGCUGAGUCCUCUGAAGCAUCCGGCUCAUUCAAGACUGCUGAGACUUCCGAUGCCGAUCAGAAUCCUGCAGCCACUGAUGCUGCUGCUCCAGUUGCCGACACAGCAGAGGCCAAGGAACCAGUUUCAGCCGCACCAUCGACGCCAGCUGAGAAAGCCGCCGAUGAACCAACCACACCUACCACAUCAAAGUUUAAGAAGGGUCACGUAAAGCGCAAGAGUAUUCUUGGUCGCCUCGGUUCUUGGUUCUGGCCCGGAAAUAGCUCGAAAGAGGCAACACCUCCGAUCGUCGAAUCGGCUGCCGCUCGCUCCUGAGAGCCUAGCAGCCAAGACCCCUGUUGCCGCCAAAUAGGUGGUGUGCUAUGAAGCAACGGCCGAAGUGUGAUUAUUGUUGAAGGAGAUUGAUGUUUUGAUGCGAUUUGUUUUUUAUACCCCUUCGCUUGUUUUGUCAUGUUAUGUUUUUGUGCACAUAAUGAGUGCAUGAUAGAUGUAGUUUGACGGAAAUUUUUAAUGAUUAUCAUGUUUGCUCUAGUUUAUGCGUUGGCUCUGUUUAGUUAGACGUUAGUUGAAUGCCAGAAUUUGUCUGUCAGGUAUAUCAUGAGACAUGCGCCAUGUGAGCAUCUCUCAACAAGCUCAGCCCUAUCGUUAGUAGCUAUCUAUGCAUCUCCGAUUUUCC